AGAUAUCUGUGAAUCUGUGUUCCCAUCCGUCUUUUGAGGUUUUGUUUUAUUUUGGAAGAAUGAUUUUACUUUAUUGAGUUAUUUUCUCGAGGUAUUCCUUAAAGAAUAUGUAACUUUAAGUGAUAAUUGAAAUAAAAUUGAAAUAGCUUUUAUAUUCAUAUUGUAAACAAAAUAUUGAGGUUAUUUGUCAACUUGAAAAUUUAUCAACAUGGUUCAGGCUACAGAUGAAAUGGAACAGCCCGACUUACCUCAAGCUCUGAACUUGCUUAAAGAAAUGAACACAAAUGUACAGCAAGUGUCACAACUAGUUGAUAAUAUGUUGCUGCGUGUGAAGAGUGGUGAAAUAUCAACAGAUAAAGGUUUGAGUUUUCUAGAAAUGAAAUAUCAAAUGCUUCUAAGUUAUUUAAUAAAUUUAACUUACAUAGUUUUAAGAAAAUGUUCAGGUGAAAAGAUAGAUUCAGAUCCAUCAAUAGACAGGCUUGUUGAAAUACGGACUGUACUAGAAAAAAUUCGUCCAAUAGAUUCUAAACUGAAAUAUCAGAUUGAUAAACUUGUUAAAACUGCUGUAGUUGGAACUGCAGAAGAUGAUCCACAGUCAUAUCAUGCUAAUCCUGGUAAUCUAGUAAGUAAGACACAAAAUAGUGAUGAUGAUAGUAGCACCGAGUCUGAAAGUACUGAUAAAAAAGAUAAGAGUGGAAAAUCAAACAUAUAUAUACCUCCUAAGUUAGCAGCUGUACAUUUCGAUGAUAGUAUAUCACGUAGCGAAAGUGAAAAGAAAAAUAAGGAACGAGCAAAGAAACAGUAUCUUAAUUCAAGUGUUAUGAGAGAGCUCCGUGAGGAGUAUUCAGAGGCACCAAUGGAAAUGAGCACAGGCAAUCAUGUAAAACAUUCUAUAUCAAAAUAUGAACAAGAAAAAACUGAGUAUGAAGAAAAUUAUCUGACUCGCUUACCAGUUACCAAAGCCGAGAAGAAUAGAAGGAAAAAAUUGACAACUGUUGGCAUGUUAGCAGAUGAAAUCACAGGAACCCGUAGCACAGCACGUAAACACAAGAUUAAGUCUAAAAAGGGUAAAGGGUUCAAAAGAAGGCGUACACAUUGAUUGCAUAAACUAUUUUGUUUAAUUUCUACUUUCAUGUAUUAAAAAUGAAAUGUGAUCACAUGGGAAUACAUGUUCAGAAAGUGCCUCAUUUGUCUUAAAAACAGAAAAUAGUUUGGGUUAUGAAGAUAGAAUGCUUAUUUUUUUGCCUAGAUAUUACAA